AUGAAACUUCGAAGCUUGAACCAAGAUAUCAAAGCUGAUACAACGCGAUUGACUCAACAGAUGGAAACUUUGGAGUCCACAUACCAACAUGAGGACUUCAUGACCUGGCUUGCGCCUCCAGAUUCUUCCCAUAUUUAUGAACAUGCAAGGCAGAAAGUGCAAGAAGGGACCGCUGGGUCAGGCAAAAGCGUCUUGAGGUCUUUCCGAGCUCGAAAGAUCCUCUCUGAAUUCCACUUGGAUAAUUCUCACGGUCGAUAUCUCCGACUUGAGAGGAAAAGUCAGGGGCCGACAUUGAGUGAUCUGAUCAAGAUAUUGACAGUCGUUCUUGAUCACGUUGAACGACUUUUCGUUGUGCUCGAUGCUCUAGAUGAAGGCGAAAACAUUGAUCAGCUUCUCGAAACCAUCCUAAAAUUUCGCAAAAUCAAACGUGAGAGCGUCAAUCUCAUCCUAACAAGUCGCGAGGACAGGUCUAUUGCCGAUGCGAUGCUAGCUAUGGAUGCUGUUAACAUCGACCUAUAUUGUCCAAUGGUAGAUUCAGAUAUCUCAAUCUACAUUGAGCAGACUUUAGAGCACGAUCGGCGGUUAAAGCGAUGGAAUCAAAACCUAAAAGCGGAUAUACAGCAUGCAUUAGACUGUGGAGCCCAUGGAAUGUUUCGUUGGGUUGACUGCCAGCUUGAAGUACUACGUAAAUGUAUGAAGCCUCAGGCCGUACAGAAGACCUUGCGUUCUCUACCCAAAACACUGAGUGAGACCUAUGAUAAUAUCCUGGCGAAUCUACCCGAAGAAUAUGUAGAGGACACCAAAAAGCUCCUACAAUUCCUGGCAUUCUCCAAGCGUCCGCUCCGGCUUACGGAGCUGGCGGAGACUUUGGCCGUGGAUCUUGCUGGCGAGCCCAUGUACGAUCCUGGUAACCGCUUGCUGGACGUUCGAGACACGCUGGAGAUCUGCUCAGGAUUUGUUACCGUUGUGAAUAAAGCGGCCGCAAUUGAACAUCAAGAAGUCAGGCUGUCACACGCCACCGUCAAAGAAUAUCUUACCAGCAAACCCGGUCAUGACCCGAAUGAAAAGUGCGGCGUUUUGGGGGGUGCACUACAAGCCGCAGUAUACAAAGGCCAUCUUCGCGUAGUGCGUACAUUGAUUGAACAUGGUAGCGACCCAAACAGUUCGGGUGGGAAGUUUCGUUGUCCUUUGAUAACUGCUUGUGUCCAAGGCAACUGCGAUAUGGUGUCACUUCUAGUUGGCAGUGGAGCAAGGAUCUCAAACGCCACGUGGUCGCAAGGCAAUGCUCUGAACUGCACCGCAGACUACGGGCAUGAAUCUGUGAUUCGUCUUUUGCUCGAUUUAGGGGCAGACGUCAAUGCCUGUGUCGGUAAAAGCAGGGCCACCGCACUAUCUACGGCAGCAUAUCAAGGUCAUGAGGCAAUUUGCAGACUGCUCGUGGCGCGGGGCGCAAACGUUGACAAGAGAGGUGGCCAGAACGCCCUCAGAGUGGCAGUUGAAAGUGGAUACCCUAACAUUGUGCGAUUCUUGUUGGGGAAAAAAUCGAAGCUCAGUGAGGAGGUGCUUGAGUCCGUCAAGCUCCACGAUUGGUUCAAAGCUAUGGAGAGCGCAAGUAACGAUUCCGAAAGCCUCAGCGCAAAUAUUGACAAAUUGUUUCGGUCAGCGGUGCUUCAGGGAUCUUUUGAUGUUGUUGAACAGUCCCUUCGUUCGGGCGUGAAUGUCAACAGUUACAACAGAAUUGACUACUCGCCAUUGGCAUUAGCUGCUGACAAAGGCCAUGAGUCAAUCAUAAAGUUACUGUUGCAGAAUGGAGCAGACAUCAAUGCGGAAGGUGAGUGCUGGGGAACUGCUCUCCACAUUGCUGCGCGCAGGGGACACACAUCUAUCGUUCGAUUGCUUUUGACACAAGAUCCGCCUGCAAAAGUCAAUGCUCAGGGGAUUGUCCGCGGCAAUAUUAUAAAUUGCAAAGGUACUGUCCUUCAGAAUGGUAUUAGAUCUGCGAAGCCUGAAAUCGUGGAGUCUUUGAUACAGGCAGGCGCGGAUAUAAAUGCUCAUAUCGAGGGGGUAGGCACUCCAACUAUAAUAGCAUCAUCGCUAGGAGAUCUCGAUAUGGUGCGACUAUUACUCAAAAACGGCGCCGACAUCAAGCCCGAUGAUCCAGAGCUUGGGACGGCUCUGCAUGCCGCUGUUGCUUCGGGCAAUCCUGCAGUGGUGCAAGAAUUGCUCAAAAAUGGGAUCGAUCCCAACGCGCUGGCCGGUGACUCGGUGACCGCCCUUGAAACAGCUGCAAGUGAUGGCCACUCUGAAAUCGUUAGUCUCUUACUUCAACAUGGAGCAGAAAUAGAAGUGCACCGCAAAGCACGUCAUGAAGGAGGCAAAGAAAGCAAAGGUGCAUUGGGCGCUGCCGCUUUCAAUGGUUGGGAGAGUGUUUUUAUUCAAAUUCUGGAUGCUGGUGCAUUGGUUGACCAUACCAACGUUUAUAUCCCGUUGACCGCUCUUCAAUACGCUGCACAAGCUCAGCAGACGAAAAUCAUAUCGGCGGCAAUCGCUCGCAAUAUUGACAUAGAUGCAAAAGACUAUUUGCUUCUUACUACAUCUGGCUUAAGUAAGAAUGAAAACCAAAUGGCGAACCUAGAAUAUCUUUUAAGUCUGGGUGCAGAUCCAAACUAUAUCGAUCCGAAUACCUUGGAUUUUCCCUUGAUGGUGGCAGCGAGGACCAGGCAGACCAUUGUUAUAGACUUUCUCCUGUCCCACGGUGCUGAUGUGAAUCUCUCCAAUCGCGAUGGCUGGACGGCUCUCAUCGACGCAACUAAAAAUCAUCAAAACACUUCCACGCGCUGCCUGAUUGAGGAGCAUCACGCUGAUUUAAAGAAGACACUGAUCAAUGGAAGCACGGCUUUUCACCUUGCUGCGCAAAGCAAUUUCUACGAGGGCAUUACCUUACUCCUGGAACAUGGCGAGGACAUUAACCAAACAAAUGACGACGGGAAUACUGCACUCCACAUUGCCAUCGAUCAUGAUGGGCUUGCUGCAGUCAAGGUACUACUGGAGCACAAUGCAGCCGUGAACAUCCCCGAGAAACACUCCGGUAUGACGGCCGUAGACCUGGCUGAAUUCAAUAAUGCACCUGAUAGUAAGAAGCAAGGGUAUCUAGCGGCCCCAAUCGCAGAGAUGUUACGCGAGCAUGUUGCCGGGCCAGAUGAACGGGAGAUGCAGGUGGUUGACGUAGAUCGAUCCUGUCUAUGA